GAUUACCCUUUUUGGGGUUUUCCUAAUUUCCUUCGCUUCUGAACGGUUCCUUUGAUAGUACGUAAAUUCAGAGAGAGGAAGUCGGUUUAAAGAAUUACAAGCAGAAGGAGAAGAAGAGAUGGAGGAGCCCCUAGUGAAUGAUAUCUGCUCUAUCUGCCACGGGAGCUUCAACACUCCUUGUCAAGCCAAUUGUUCACACUGGUUCUGCGGAAAUUGUAUAUUGCUUGUUUGGCACCAUGGUUCUGCACUUCAGCCAUGUAAAUGCCCACUAUGUCGUCGUCAGAUUACUUUGCUGGUUCCUGCCGAGGCUUCAUUAAGCGAGCGUCACAACCCCACUGUUGCUGAGAUUCUGGGUAAGAUUGAAACAUACAAUCGUUAUUUUGGCGGACAUACCAGAGGUCUUAUUCAGAGAUUGCAAGACCUCCCAUUUCUGCUCCGAAGGUUGUUGCGAGAAAUGUUGGAUCCUCAGAGAUCACUUCCUCUUGUCAUCAAGGCCCGGGUCUAUAUUGCUAUGAUACUCAGUGUUGUCUACAUUAUCAGCCCUGUAGAUAUUAUUCCAGAAGGAAUUUUGGGAAUAGUUGGCCUUUUGGAUGAUCUUGUCAUAGCACUCGUUUGUUUUCUCCAUGUUGCUGCCAUCUAUCGGUCGGUACUCUUUUUUCGUCAUGGAGGUUCUUCUUGAAACGCCCUCGAGCAUGGUGUAUGUAAACAAUGUAAGUUUCCAUGUUGAUGCAGUGGCAUCGGACUGGUUGGAUUCGAUGUCAAGAAUGAGGCGCCGGGAUUCAUUAGUUUCUUCGCAUUGUGAUUGUAAUUUAUCUCUCAAUUGUUACUUCUUCUGUAUAAUUAUUGAUGGAUUAAGUCUAUGGAUUUUCUGGAAACAAUGAGUUAGUGGCUUUCUUCCACUUGCAAACGCAUACAUGUUCUGUAUAUCGUUGUUUGUUUUGGAAGAUGUUUCCAACAUAUGAAGAGAUGACAUUUGCUUGCU